AAGUAGACACUUUCGAUAGCUGGACUUUUCGAAACUCUCAAGAUCCACUCAGUUCAUUCUAGACUCACAGUCACAACCGAACUUCAACAAUUUCUUCAAUUAUGCCGUCGCUCUCUGCACUCGCUCCUCUUGCGGGCAUUAUUGCCAGUAUUCCUUCUGUGAUUGCGGGCUUUGAUCCGACCUCGCAGAGUAAUGUUGCCGUUUAUUGGGGACAAAACUCAUAUGGACAGGGCUCUGGAGCUUAUGUCCAGCAACGGCUCUCAUAUUAUUGUCAAAAUACGGAAAUCAACAUCAUCCCCCUCGCAUUUUUGAGUUCUAUCAACACGCCAGUCCUCAACUUUGCCAACCAAGGAGACCCAUGCACGGUAAUUUCAGGAUCUACUUUAUUUUACUGCUCAGAGCUCGAAGCCGACAUUACCACAUGCCAGGAGACAUAUGGCAAGACAAUUUUGCUUUCUGUUGGCGGGGCCACUUAUACCGAGGGCGGUUUCACAUCCACACAAGCUGCCAUAACCGCUGCAAAUAACCUUUGGUCGUGGUUUGGACCUGACACCUCUGGUGACAUUCGACCUUUUGGAACCGCUGUAAUUGAUGGAUUUGAUUUUGACUUCGAAAGCACGGUAUCCAAUAUGCCUACAUUUGGAAAUCAGCUCCGCUCGUUGAUGGAUACAGAUAAAAACAAAACAUGGCUUCUAUCCGCUGCUCCACAGUGUCCCUACCCUGAUGCCGCAGAUGGACCAAUGCUUGCUGGAACAGUAUCUUUCGAUAUCGUCUGGGUGCAAUUCUACAACAAUUACUGCGGAGUACAAUCAUUCGUCCCCGGUGUUUCAACACAGAACAACUUCAAUUUUGACACUUGGGACAACUGGGCCAAGACAGUAUCACUAAACCCUAACGUUAAAGUCAUGCUAGGCAUACCAUCAAACACUGGAGCUGGAGCUGGGUACACUUCUGGGGCCGCUCUUGCGAGCGUCAUCGCAUAUUCAAAGAGUUUCUCCAGUUUUGGCGGCGUCAUGAUGUGGGAUAUGAGUCAACUUUACGCAAAUGCCGGAUUUCUCGAUGCGGUCAACGUGGAUCUCGGAAAGCCAGCUGUAACCGUACCAGUCACAACUAGCACUAUGACUAGCACUAUGACUAGCACUAUUACUAGCACUAUUACUAGCACUGUUACUAGCACUGUUACUAGCACUAUUACCAGCAAAUCUUCAAUCACUUCCACUACUACUUCCGCUACUACAACGACUCCAGGCUCUACUAUCACGACCAUAACAACAACUAGCGCCAGCCCUACUUCGACUGGCGGUCCGCUUGUCAAUGAGUGGAACCAAUGUGGUGGACAGGGCUGGACUGGAGCCACUAAUUGCGUCCCUGGCACAACUUGUGUUGCAUAUAGCAUCUGGUACUCACAGUGCAAUCCCAACUAGAUUCCGAUCUAGUGACGAGGGUGACGAUGUUUGAGCCUCAACAUAUCAUGAAGAUGUAGCUAGACGUUAUCCAUUGCCUCAUAUUUGUAUAUUUCUUUCAGAUUGUUUCACAUACCUUCAACUUAUUCGAUUCCUUUGUAUAUACUUGGAGCCGUGGGAUUUUUCAACGGUUCAGUGGCUUUUUCUUUCGAUUAAUCGCACAUAUUUCAUAAAUAUGGCAGGUGGACGAGAAAUCUUCUUUAUCUUUUCAAAUAGAAUUUUAUUUAGUAGCUCAUUAUAUACCAAAUUUAUAAGAAUUUC